AUGGAGGCAGGACCCGCUUCGAAAAUGGGAACGAAUGCAAAGCUUCCCGUGCUGAAGGAUCUCUACAUGGUCACUGACAUUGAGCAAGCUCGCGCCCUGCUCGAGGCUACACUCGACCAAGAGAAGCAAAUUCACACAGAUUUGGAGAACAUUCUUCUCAACGCAGAGGAGGUGGAGUCCACCCUCGCCACAGUUGAAGAGAUUCCGAUUCGAAUAAAGCCUGUGCAGAAGGAGACGACGCGUCUGCUCUCCACCAUCAGCAACACGUGCUCUUUGGCCAACGCUGUCUCUGCCAAGAUUAGGGACCUCGACUCGACCAGGGAGCGGAUCCAGCUCACGAUGAACAAGCUGCAUGACAUCAUUGAUGUGAAGAACUGUGUGAGUGGCGUGGAGGACGCCAUGGCCAAGGAGGACUACGAAACGGCAGCUUCGCACAUCGGCAGAUACCUUACCAUUGGUAACGCUGUUGCGCUCUCAUCGGUCCUGGAGGAGACCGCCAGCAACCAGCUCAAGACGGCCGAGAAUAAGCUGAAGGAGAUCGUCAAGCAAAAGCUCGAGCAAGCCAUCCGCGCUGACGAUCAGCCAAACAUCAUUCGGUUUUGUCUGCUCUACGCGCCUCUGGGCCUCAAGGAGGAGGGUCUCACCAGAUACUCUCACUAUCUCCGCAAGUUGGUUUCCACCGAGGCUGACUACAUCAUCAAGAACCUGCUUCGACCGAAAGCUACGGUGGCCCAGAACAUCGAGGCUAGCGGAGGGGAGCAACUCUCGUACGCUGACGGGCUCGCACGUUUGUAUGAGUUCAUCGCCGGCAUCAUCGACGAACAGCAAUCUCUCGUUGAGGAACACUUUGGUCCGGGCAGCAUGGUGGUCGUAAUCAAGAACCUGCAGCAACAAUGCGACGUCCAUUCCACCAAGAUCCUCAGCCUCUUCAGUCAGGAUACCAACAUGCUCAAGAUGAUCGAUGACAUUGUCAGAUCCGAGAGGAGGGAGCGACGUUCCGAUGCUCGGGAUGCGAUCGAUCCCCGAGACCUUGCCGGAUUGCUCGAUACCAUCGCCAUCCUCAAUCACCGCACCGAAGUCUACGAUCGCUUCAUUCGAACUCGCGCACGGCUCUGUCUGGAGAACGCGGGACAAACGCCCAAGCACCCGGGUCAUCCCUCGAGCAUGCAAGAUGGUCUCAUUCACUGCAGCGAGCUCAAUAGGUCGAUGCAGGAGAUGAUGGGCCACUACAUUAAGCUCGAGGAGUACUACAUGAUCCAAAGCGUGAAGAAGGCUGUCGCGAUGGAUUCGCACUCUCAGGAGAGCAUUACCACGACCAUGGUGGACUACGUCUUCUUUGUGCUUCAAAGCUGCACCCAGCGUGCACUCUCCACGCAUAACGUCAACUCGAUGUGCGCGAUUGUGAACAUGAUCAACACGACGCUCAACAUAGACUACAAGGAGGUCCUGCAAACCAUGCUGGCUGAAUACAGUGCCGGCAAGGGUCCCACCGGUGACCAUCGGACAGACUACAUGAUCGUACUGAACAACAUCGAAGUGAGCUGCGAGUACAUUCUCAAGCUCAAGGCGAACCUUGAAGCAGAAGAAUCAAACAUCUUCACCGACCCCGUCGAAAAGGAAAAAAUGAAGUCCUGUAUUCACGACCUCCUUGAGACGUCGCGAAACUAUAAGCAACUCCUUCAUAACAACUUGGAGCAGGUGGCGCAGACCAUUACGCCGUCGAUUCGACCACUGAUUGAGAUCUUCAGCGCCGUGAAUUAUCAACUGAACGAGGCCGAGUACGCCGAGUAUGAAAUCAAUGACCCCUUCGUCUACAAGAUCACGGCUGGACUGGACAACCUGUUUGCGCCCUUCAAGAUGCAUCUCACCGAGGGCAACUACGACGGAUUGGUCCACAUCGUUAUUCACGACAUUGCCACACGUCUCGAGAAGGCCUUGUUCCAGAAGCGCUUCAACCAAUUCGAUAAGGACCUGCGACGCCUGGUCAGCUACUUCACAUCGGUGGCGCACAAUGCCGCGAAACUCACGGGCACAACGGUGCGGGGCGAGUUUGCUCGUCUUUCGCAGAUCGCCUCCCUGUUGAACUUGGAGAAGGUGAGCGAGGUGAUGGAGUAUUGGGACGAGAAUGCGCGCCUGCAACUGAGACUCACGCCAGGAGAGGUGCGGAAAGUGCUUGCGCGCCGUGUGGAAUUCCGUGCCGAGGACAUCGCCCGCCUCAAGCUGUGA